UCGGGAGAAUUGGUAGUGAUAUUGGAAAAAGUGAAGAAUCUAGGGAUUUCGAAAUCAGUGAUAGUGGAUUGAGUAAUGAAGAAGAUAUUGAUAUAUUGAUGACAUUACAAAAUCGAUUGGACAACAUGAGGCAAUGUCACGAAUUUUUAUCCAAUUAUGAUGGCAAUUUUGAAGAUAUUGAACAGGUGUUAAAGGCAAAAAUUGCCGAAUCCACAGAUGAUGCACCUGAUUUCAAUAAUAGUAUUCAAAGUGAGGAGGAUCAAUCUCAGGCUCAAUCUAGCGACAGGACUUCUCUUUUGUUAUCUUCGUCGACAGUUACUCCUGACUCCAAAUCUUCAUCAUCUUCAAGUAAAAGCCGCAAACCUAAAAGAAAGAUGACAUUAAAGGAACUCAUUUCACCACAGUCCUCAUCUGGAAAGGAAAUGUCAACUGCAGCAUAUUUGUUUCGUAUGGUUUUCUCAAACGGAUCCAGCAAACAUUUAAAUCAUCUCAAAUCAA